AUGAUGUGUCAAAUCAUCGUUGAGAAGGGAAGCAUCACCGGUAUGACCGACGAAGUCGCGCUGAGCCUCACGCCAGAACAAUACAAAAGCCACGAAACGGGAGCAAAAUGGCUUUUUGCUGCGUGGUAUGUCUACGUUAGCAUGAUCUGGAGUCUCAAGGGCAUCAUGCUCUUCUUUUUCUCCAGAGUCACGUAA